AUGGUGCCUACAAGUCACGGUAGCUAUACUAAGAAUCGCGGACCAGGCCAACCAGGGUACAUUUGGUCAAACAUCAAGAAUGAGUUAGACGAAGUGGCCGGAUUCUGUGGAAUCUAUGAGCUUCAGGCUAGAGGAACUCUUUCCCAUAACCUACAGAGUGCAGUAGUUUUCGUUGGAAGCACUUGUCCGCGCCAAGCAGAUGGUGGAGCAUGCCACAGGUUGAAAAACAGGAUCAUCAACUACUGCAAAUAUGGAAACCAUAAAGCAGGCCUAAUAAACGACGCAUUAAGCAGAGGAUAUGAGCUGUGGGUCCGUUAUAAGCAAGCUAGGAGUGCAGAGGAAGCUCAAACCUGGGAAAAUGCUCUGCUUAACAGAUACGAUUACGCUUGGAAUGUAAGAAAUAACGGCACCAUAAGGGUUAUCCUCCCAUAGUGACACGGCCGCCUGAUCGAUGUGGUAAACGGAGACAUCUAAUAUCCCGUGGACUGAAUUCGCUAUAGAGCAGAAAAUUAUUUAUUUUUGUGCUAAAACAGUAGUACAUGAAAAAUGUUUUGGCUUAACUUGCGUAUAUAGACUGAGCAUGAGAACCAUCACCGUUUAAUUUCAGUACGUUUUAACUGCCACAAAACGUCAUUAGCGCUUCACUCUUUUAAAAAUCGUGUCCGAUUACACCCAGAAAGUUCCAGUACUUGCUAAUAUGCUUACACUUAGUAAAUACCUGUGUCAUGUAGAAGCAAUAUGCAGCAAAGGACCAUUAAAAUGUUUAGAUAUACUGACUCAGAAAAGUUAAUAUAGACUCAGUUGCCAAUUUUCCAUCCGACGAAGAAGCAUAAUUUCAUGCUUUAAUCUUUUUUUAUUUUACGUUGCUCUGUUCAACUUAACUUUGCAGAUAUGGCAUUUACGACAUUUUUUAGCUCAAAUCUACGGUCGAAUUGCAGCGGAAUAUUCUAAGAAAUACCGGAAGAACGUCAUUUACCGUCCGCAGAAUGGAAAUUCUCUUUGUCAAUGAUUCAGUGUUCAACAAUAGAUUACUUUGAAAAAAACCCCUUUGUCCUCCUUGAUUCCAGCAAAACGAGAUUAUGAAUAAGCUACUGAAUAAUUAUGUUUGGAAUAAAAGGGAUAAUAUGGUGGCUACGUCAGAAAUAUUACGACGUUGAGGCCAAGACUCUAAUUGACACUAAGGAUCUAAGCUGAGGUGCCACCAAAUGAUGUACAAAUUGCUACAACGUGUUGUAUUACAUUUUCACGUUUAACUUCUUUUAGACCAGCUCUGGCUUCAAAGCUGUGUCAGAUUUGUUAAACAAGCUGGAUAAAAGUAAGGACGGGGAAGUUAAGCGCCCUCGGAAACCUUGCUGCAAUUUAUAGGGCGUCGCGCGCGUGCAGGACAGAAGGAAAGGAGAGGCCUCCUCUCCCCGUCACAUGUCCCCUUCGCGAGCUCUGUCAAAACGAAACAAUAAAACUAACAAACGCCUGUCACGCAGGAUACGGUCUCCAGUAGACACAUAUAACCGAUUGCAAUUGAUUUUAAACCUUUAAGUUAAAAUGGGGCAUGAUGUAUUAAUAAAAAAGUAAGGACUCUGUUCCUUUCUUUGGACGACAAGAUAUUAAUAGGACCAAACUGAGGCGCCAAAAAUCUCAAGUUCUUUCUAGAAAAAUGACUCAUUUGGGUGGGAUUAUUUCUCAGUAAAACCGCAAGAAUCCAUAAUUGUUAUGUAAACGACAAUGCAAUCUUUGAUUGGCUAAUGUGUAAACCCCAUGACUCAUUGUCACAUGGCUUACCUUGAUACAAAAAAGGUUUUGAAGGGACGACAAGUUGACAUGAGUUUUGGCUUAGCUUGGCUCUGCUGAGCGACAAAUACAGAAGAGAUAAUAUUUAACGGGCUGACAGAGCUUCAAGAGAUUCUACUCUCAGAAUGGCAAUCUUCGGUUUCCACAAAGCCAAAAUUGGUCGACAUGGAAGACAGCCAUGGUUCCGCAGUACAGUGGAACAAACACUGUAACCCGCCGCCAGAACAAAGUAGGAUUCAUCUGGAAAUAUAUACUGUACGACGGCAAUUUACCGGAACUCUGUGGAAUUUAUGAAUGGCCAGCUAUUCAACAGGACCAGCCAAAUCGAGUCGUCUACGUUGGAAUUGCACGUGCACACGUUGUGGCCAUUAUGAACCACUGGAAAGCAGAAUCCUUGGGUACUGCAAUCAUGGUAAUCAUAAAGCAGCUCUGA